AUCCGACUAAAUGUUGGCCGGAUGAUCCUCUCAGACCUCUUAAUCUGACAGUUUGUGCUCACCAACCGCUUACAGCAAGGACCUGCACUUCUUUCAAUCAUGUUUUCUUUUAAUGCCGGGUGGGCAGAAAGGUUGUGGAGAAAAGAUGAACGCCAUCCAAGUGAUUUCCCUCACUCUGCUGUCCGUUCUGGCAGCCAGCGCUCAGGUCAUCAUGCCAGGAAGAUGCCCCAAGCCUGCUGUUCAGGAGAACUUUGAUACUGCCAGGUAUCUCGGUAAGUGGUAUGACAUCCAGAGGCUGCCACACACCUUCCAGAAGGGCGAGUGCUGCACUGCCACCUACAGCCUGAAGAGCCCCGGAGUGGUUGGUGUCCUCAACAAAGAGCUGCUUGCUGAUGGGACUGUGAGCAGCAUCAGUGGCUCUGCCUGGGCCAAAGACCCCUCUGAGCCCGCCAAGCUGCAGGUCUCCUUCUUUGAGUUCUCCCCCCCUGCUCCUUACUGGGUGCUGUCCACCGACUACGACAGCUACUCUCUGGUCUACAGCUGCACCGACCUCGGGGUGCUGCAUGUGGACUUCGCCUGGAUCAUGAGCAGACAGCCCACCCUGCCAGAGGAGACCCUGGAGGAGCUGCACAGCACCCUGUCCUCCAUCGGAGUCAGCGUGGACAAGCUGGUCACCACCGACCAGGACGUGUCUUACUGCAGCGCCAUGGAGCAGUAAAGAGACACUGACUGUGUGAAGGGCUG